ACUGUGGGACGAGAACCUCGCUUGGAUGGUGGGAAGCUUGGCUUGUUAAAGCGUUCUCCAGAUCGACACCGUGUCUACUGCCUGUGAUUGUUGGAAUUGCAGGGUCGGAGCUCUCAAUUUGUGGCGAUGGCGGUGGUGCCCUGGCUGUUAGCUAUCGGCACGGUGUGGGGAAUCACGAAUGCACUCAUCAAGCGCGGAGCUCUCAUUGCGGAAGAGGUGAAGCGCACAGCGAAGCAGCGCACGGCACUUAAAAAGAACUUAGGCGGCGUCGUUGGGGGGUUUUUCCUGGACUGGUUUCGAUUGCUGUGCGUAUGGCAAUACUCGGUCCCCUUUUUGCUCAAUCUCUCCAUGUCCGUUUUAUUUGUCAUUAAGCUUGGGGAUAGCCCUAUUACUCUGGCAGUGCCCGUUACGAAUGCCACCACGUUCGCCGUCACGGCUGUCGCUGGCGCUGCUCUCGGGGAGAACUUUAGGCUUGUUGAAACCAUUGCUGGCGUCUUGCUCAUCGUUGCCGGUGUCACGCUUUGCAUUUCGCCACCGUUCAAUUUUUCAUGACGAGGAUGUGAGGCACUAUUGUACAGAUCAUUCGUAAAUCUUAUAGUAGCGUUUGGGAGUAUGUGUUUUUUAUCACUUUGAUGUGAGGUUUAAUGAAGACCUAGAGCUUUUCAUUUC